CCGCCGUCAUGUCGGCCCAGGCCCAGAUGCGGGCGCUGCUCGACCAGCUGAUGGGCACGGCUCGGGACGGAGACGAAACCAGACAAAGGGUGAAGUUUAUGGACGACCGAGUGUGCAAGAGCCAUCUUCUGGACUGUUGCCCUCAUGAUAUUCUGGCAGGAACGCGCAUGGACCUGGGAGUAUGCACAAAAAUCCAUGAUCUGGCGCUCAGAGCAGAUUACGAGAUUGCAAGCAAAGAGAAAGACCUGUUCUUCGAGAUGAAUGCGAUGGAUCACUUGGAGUCCUUCAUUGCGGAGUGUGACCGAAGGACGGAGUUGGCCAAAAAACGCCUUGCGGAAACACAAGAGGAGAUCAGCGCUGAGGUGGCGGCAAAGGCUGAAAAGGUGCACGAGCUCAACGAAGACAUUGGCAAACUCCUGGCUAAAGCUGAGCAGCUGGGUGCCGAAGGGAACGUGGAUGAAUCCCAGAAGAUACUGAUGGAAGUCGAGAAAGUUCGCGCGAAAAAGAAAGAAGCAGAGGAAGAAUACCGCAAUUCCAUGCCCGCGUCCAGUUUCCAGCAGCAGAAGCUGCGGGUGUGCGAGGUCUGUUCAGCGUACCUGGGCCUCCACGACAAUGACCGCCGUCUCGCCGACCACUUCGGAGGCAAGCUGCACCUGGGCUUCAUCCAGAUCCGCGAGAAGCUGGACCAGUUGCGGAAAACCGUGGCAGAAAAACAGGAGAAGAGAAAUCUGGAUCGGAUGAAGCGGAGGGAAGAAAGAGAGCGAGACGAGCACGUGGGGCCGCGGUCUGGGUCAAGGAACAGAGAUCGCAAGAGGUCCCGAUCCCGAGAGCGGAGGCGAAGACGCUCCAGGUCGGCUUCACGGGAGAAGCGGAAGUCCCGCUCCAAGUCCCGGGAGAGGCACAGGCGCCACCGCAGCCGUUCCGGCAGCCGCAGUCACCGGCGGGGAUCCAGGGACAGGAGUACAAAGCACAAAUCCUCGCGAGAUCGGUUUUCGAGGGAGAAGUCGCGGGAAAGGGAGAAGAAAGAGAAGAGCUCUUCCGAAAGGAGGCCCGAGAGCACCAACGGCAAAUCUCACUCGAAGAGGUCGGAGGAGAGGGAAGCCGGCGAGAUUUGAACUCCGGCCGGACCA